UUGGCAUGUGAUCAUGCAUUGAAAUACUCUUAUUCCAAUCUCUCCCUCCUUCCCAUGACACACAAAUUAUAACGUUUUGUUCAACGGAUGAUGAAUAUUUGUGGCCUUUCAAACAAAUUUUACGACAAUAUUCGUAAUCGUUGACGAAAAAUUGACGUUGAUGGUAACACCGAUACAUGGAUCACACAACUAUGGGAAGACUCUAAAAAACUCAUGAAAAACAGAGAUUUAUGUUGGACUGACCGAAUGGCAAACGUAUUCAGUAUUUUACACGAAAAACAAUUUACUAAGGAGGAUUUUGUUGGCUGCCUUCAAACGUUACCAUUUACUGAAGGGAUGAGAGAACUUCUCGAUUUUAUCAAAGCUCAGAACAUUGAAUGCAUUAUAAUUUCGGAUUCUAACUCUUUUUUUAUUCAUUGUAUAUUAGAAUAUGGUAAUGUUUUAAACUGUGUACAAAAAGUGUACACAAAUCCAGCCAAAUGGACAGAAUCUCAACUAUUAACUAUUCACCAUUAUCACUCUCACAAUUGUAAGCAAUGCCCACCAAAUUUAUGUAAAGGUGAUGUACUAACUAGACAUACAAAGAAUAGUGAUCAUGAUGAAAAAACUGUUCUUUAUGUUGGUGAUGGUAAGAAUGAUUUUUGUCCAGCUUUAAGCAUGAAGGAAUGUGAUUUUAUAUUUCCUCGAAAAGGAUACAGUUUAUUGAAAUUACUUGACGAGAACAUGCAAAGAGUAGCUCCAACAGUGGUGCCUUGGACUAAUGGUUUGGAUAUUUUAGAUAUGCUUAAAAAUAUUUUAAGUAUCUGAGAUUGUAGUAAAACAUUUUAAGAUUUGUUAUUAACAAUUUCUACUUCAUAUAAUUUUGUAUUAAGUACAAUUUUACUUCCCUAAUAAUACAAAUGAAAUGCAAAACUA